AUCGACGGUUGUACCGUGCACCCACCAGAUGAAAGUGAGUAUCCUCCGGACACGCAUAGCGGCAUAAAGACUUAGUCUCGACUGACGGUGCUGGUCGUAGCAGCGGUACGGGUGCUGAUCGGUCCGACCCACCGCACCCCACAAGAACCCAUCCCCGAAUCCCGGACGUUGGUUCGCUUCCUUGACAGAAGAAGCCGUCGAAGCCAGCAGUCAAUCUGGAGUUCGGAGCCUAGCAACGAGUCCGCCUGGAAUGGUAGGCUGCCUCAGAAGCUCAAGCUUCAAGCUUCAAGCUUCAGACUUUCGCGCCCAUGCUCGUGCGCGCAUCAUCUGCGUCUUCGGACGCCAGCGAUCGGGCGGUCUGCGUCCUGGCUCAAGCUACCACUCUGGAGUCCCUGAGCUGAUAGCAUAGUCUGGGCAUCACCAUGACUCACCUGCGACGGCAUCACUUGGUUCUUUUCGCUCUAAUACCGUGCCUAGCACUCACCUGGUUGAAUCAGACCCCACUACAUGUACGGGAGGGUGCAGCGAGAGAUGCACUCGGAUACCGGGAUACCUCAGUCAAUAACUCUGACUCAGGAUUGCACUCACCCGAAGCCGUCCCUGGGUAUUGGUGCCCUGCAAUAGUCCAAGAGGGGUCUACAGGACGGAAGACCGGUCAUACUGCAUGCGCUGUGCCCAGAGAGGCGAAGCGAACUCUGGGACUCACGAGUGGACUUUCAGGGACGAAAGCGUUCCCGGCCUAUACGUAUAACAGGGGCCCGUCGAGAGUGAACGGCGCCGCAAUCAGAGUUCGCAGGCGGAAGCACUCAGAAGGACGACUACAGGUCGGCGACUCGGCGUCGAGCUUCUCUCGCCGACCAGGGGCGAUCAUGCAAAGCUGCUGCCGGCCGUCUAUCGUCGUUCGCGAUAGAGCAGUUCUUGAUCGCCGGGACCAUGCAUCGAGGUACCUGCGCUGCGCGCACAUGCACGCUCUCCCCCCUGCCAACCCCGCAGCAUUCCAUCCACCAGACACCCACAGUCGUCGAGAUCCUACUGUGCCGAUAUGGUCGCGCGAUCCUCGCAGAAGGCUGCUGAACUUGAAGGCGACAGCGAAGCACAGGUGGAUCGGGAGCCCCGGCUGUUUCCUGCGGCGGGGCAGUCCCAAUGCGUACAUUGGCGCGGAGGCACCGAUUGCCAGGGACACGAUCGCCAACUCAGUACCUAAUCCCGGCAGUGGCGUGCCGAUUGCGUCGGGUGCGACCCGAGAUUCUUAUACCUGGCCGUCGCUUUCGAGCCCGUUCGAGACACGCAGACUGCGGUGGACGCCACAAGGCCGAUCUAGUAGCCUGGGAUACAAGGAACGCGCUAGGGCACGAUGCGAUAUUGUUCGCAAUGUGCAGUUGUGUCCGCAUGACGGAAGCUCACGUGCGCACCAUGUGGCGGGCGAUCGGUGGCUCGGAGCCGUUGCGGUCCUUGCGGAGCUGCGCGGCGGCUUUGGCUGGGCUUUGGGUCUCCAAGUGCCCCGCAAGUGCCCGUGA